AUGCCUCUCUCCUUCCAAGUUGCCAAUCUUGCGGUCAAACCACCUAAGGUGGGUGAGAAUGGAUACCAAGGGUUUAACCCGCGCAAAGAGACACUUCCAAAAGGAUACCAAAGUCGAGAUGGGGCACGCGCGCUCUCUGAAGAUAUGAUCGCUGAACACGACGUGGCCGUCAAAGUCAGGGAUGGCUGCACUCUAUACUGCGACAUCUAUCGACCAGUCAGUAGUGACAAGAGUGACGUCAAGGUGCCUGCGAUCGUGGCCUGGAGUCCGUUCGGCAAGAAACACACGGGCAUUGACAUGAUGUCAAAGGUAAAAUGGGGUUGCGGCGUGCCAAAAGGUUGUCUCAGUGGUCUUGAGCGAUUCGAAGGACCCGAUCCGGCGGAAUACUGUCCUCGUGGUUAUGCAGUCGUUAAUGUGGACGCAAGAGGUGCAGGCGACUCAGACGGAGAUAUUGUUAUCAUGGGGAAGCAAGAAGGCGAGGAUGGGCACGAUGUGAUCGAAGAACUUGCAAAAAUGGACUGGUGUAACGGUUCGAUCGGACUUGCUGGUAACUCACAUCUCGGUAUCGUACAAUGGUUCAUCGCGGCGACACAACCUCCAUCACUCAAAGCCAUAGCACCCUGGGAAGCUUGUGGUGACCUUUACCGAGAGCAAUUUGUACGCGGAGGAGCGUGGGACAACGGACUUUUCGACUUCAUCACUGAACACGUUAUCCGUGGGAAGAACGGUCUCGAAGAUUUCAAGGAGAUGUACCGGCGGUCAUCAACCAUGAAUCCUUACUGGGCAGAUAAGAGGGCAGACAUCACAAGCAUAAAGAUACCCACGUACAUUGUCGCAUCGUAUUCGAGUUUUGUCCACACGAUGGGCUCAAUACGCGGCUGGAUGCAAGUGGAUACCAAGAAUAAGUGGCUACGCUGGGAUCCUUACCAAGAAUGGUACGAUCUAUGGGCAGUUCAGGAAUCCAUCGACGAGCUCGCUUCCUUCUUCGAUCGCUAUCUCAAGGGCGAAAAGAACGAUUGGGAGAACACGCCACGCGUGCGCAUGUCGUCGCUUAACUACGGCGACAAAGAAGCCAUCUACCCCAUUGUCGAAGAAGACUUUCCCAUACCGCGAACGGAGUACCGUACCCUCUACCUCAGUGACAACAAUACUCUUCAAAACAGCGCACCGACAAAUACCAGUACGCUCUCCUACGACUCCGAAAGCGGCACCUCGCCCAUCUCCCACGCUGCAUUCACCUUCAAGUUCGACAAACCAACUCGCCUAAUGGGCCUCCCCAAAGCCGUGCUGUACAUGUCGUGUCCAGACUUCAACGAUAUGAUUGUCUACGUCUUGAUCCGCAAACUAGAUAAGCAAGGCAAGCCCAUGAUCGCCAUCAACAUCCCUUGGUCUGCCGCUCCCUACAACAGCGCUGCCGAGAUCCCAGAAUCAGACUACAGCAACUUGAUGAUCUAUUACGGACCCACUGGAAUUCUUCGUGCCUCCCACCGCAAGACGGAUCCUUCGAGGUCUAUUCAUCCGCAGUAUCCCUUCCACACUCAUGACGAAGUACAAAAGAUUACUCCAGGAGAGGUGGUGAAGCUGGAGAUUGGACUGUGGGCCAUGGGCGUAGAUUUUGAAGCUGGAGAGAGUAUCAGUGUGCAGGUGAGUGGCGAGUAUCCACUUGUACAAGAGUUUGGGCCAAGGAAGAAGGUGGAGUUGGAGGAGAGGAACAAAGGGGUGCACUUGGUGCAUGUUGGUGGGGGGCAUGCAAGUCAUGUUGUGCUGCCUUUUGUUUGA